ACGUGUGUGUGUGUGUGUGUGUGUGUGUGUGUGUGUGUGUGUGUGUGUUUUCUCCAGCCUGCAGCUCCUGGCCCCUCCCUGAGCCGCCCCUCUCCAGCAGCCGGGGACCGGGCGGGGGAGCGGCAGGGGCCGCUGGGGCGUGGGAGAGGAAGGGCAGCACUAUUGUGGCGGACGGGGGCGGGCGCUGAGGCGUUGGGGUGGGGACCGGGUAAGGGGCCCGAAAGCAGAGUCGGUCCAGAACUGCCCGGAACGCGGCGCACGGCGAGGGUGAGACCCCAGCGGAGUCCUCGUCCCCUCCCCUAAAAUCCCAGCAGCCAGGCUGCGAACACCAGCGGACUCGGGAAACACACCGCGUUGUAGUCCCAGAGGGGCAGUGCUGUCAGGCGAAGUAGCUACUCCUGGUGUGAACAGCCCAUCCUGGCCGCCUUCCACAGGAAACCUGACCUGAGAGAGAAGAGGAAGGAAGCAGGCUUUGCCACCAAUGUCAGUGCAGAACUCUGGAUGGCCCCGCCAAGAAGACAGCCCCAACCUCCAGGAGCCAGGUCCACCAGCCAACUCAGACGGUGACUCAGGCUACCUGCCGGGCGGGGACCCUGAGGAUACCUCUGCUCAGGGUCCUGCAGUUCUGAGCCUGGGCUCCCUUUGCCUGGACACCAACCAAGCCCCCAACUGGACUGGGCUUCAGACCCUCCUGCAGCAACUCCCUCCACAGGACAUUGAUGAGCGCUGCUGCCUGGCCCUUGGGGAGGAGGAGCUGGCCGAGCUGCGGCUCUUCUGUGCCAGGCGGAAGCAGGAGGCCCUCGGACAGGGGGUGGCCCGCCUGCUACUUCCCAAGCUUAAAGGACACACCUGUGAGAAGUGCAGGGAGCUGCUGAAGCCAGGGGAGUAUGGAGUGUUUGCAACCCGGGCAGGGGAACAGCGCUGCUGGCACCAGCCCUGCUUUGCCUGCCAGGCCUGUGGCCAGGCCCUGAUAAACCUCAUCUAUUUCUACCAUGAUGGGCAACUCUACUGCGGCCGUCAUCAUGCAGAGUUGCUGCGCCCACGCUGCCCGGCUUGUGACCAGCUGAUCUUCUCUCGGCACUGCACCGAGGCAGAGGGACGGCACUGGCAUGAGAACCACUUCUGUUGCCAGGACUGCGCCGGGCCCCUGGGCGGGGGACGUUAUGCCUUGCCUGGGGGAAGCCCCUGCUGCCCCAGCUGCUUCGAAAACCGCUACUCGGAUGCAGGCUGGAGCUCGGCCGGGACACUGGAAGGGCAGGCGUUCCUUGGAACAGGGGAGACUGGACCCGACCGAACUGAAGGAAGGGACCAAACCUCGCUGAACUCUGUGACCCUCUCCCGAACACUCCUCGCUGCUGCCGGCUGUUCCAGCCUGCAAACUCGGACGGGGCUGCCUGGAUCCAGUCCCCAGCAGGAGAGCCGACCUGGGGACAAAGCGGAGGCACCCAAAGGGCAGGAGCAAUGCCGCCUGAAAACUCCUCGUCAUCCCAAGGACACUCCUUUCCCCACCUACUCCUCUUCCUCUGACUCGGAACCUGAAGGCUUUUUCUUAGGCGAGCGCCUUCCCCUGUCCUGGAAGACCCCCGGAAGCCUCCAAGCAGAGGAUAGCAACGCCUCUAAGAAGCACUGCACCGUGUGCUAGAGGCGCAGCUCAGAGAAGGGGGUGUGAAUGGGGGGAAAGAGGUCUGUAGAGCGGGAGAACAAGGCUAUCCUCCCCCUAGAAAAAUCCUAGACUGAGACGCAGUCAUGCGCACGCCCGCGAGAGGCGGCGAGGUGACAAAUUUGGAGUGCACCCCCUUCAGCACUGCGUGUUCUAGGACUUCUGGUGGAGACCUUUUUGGCAAAACCCAUUGUCCAAAGCUACGCUUCCCUUGCUGAGAUAGCCCCCACCCCCACCUCCACAGGCUGGGACAGCCCUGUCCCCACCAUCCUCCUCCCGAGCCAAUUAAAUGAUCACAGCACGCGUGACGGUUACCGGCUGGAGAGCCGGAGGUGGGACGGGGAGCAGGGGACCGUAGAGCUGGGUCGCGCUCCUCGCCUCGGAGAGUUGGUGGACACGCAGUAGGGGGCUGUCCCUCUCUUCCGCUGUCGGACUAAGCGAACAGCGUCCCCUGCCGGCCGGUGGCUAUCGGAAGUGCCAGACCGGAGGUGCGUCAUCCUCCGGCGACGCCAAUACGGUUCCUCCAACGAGGUUCGUGCGAAGCUUCCUAUUAUGGCUUCCAGCGGGGUGCCGGUGAACACUGCCGGCUCGGCUAAUGAAACCCCCGAAAUACCGGACAACGUGGGAGAUUGGCUUCGGGGCGUCUACCGCUUUGCCACGGAUAGGAAUGACUUUCGGAGGAACUUGAUUCUCAAUUUGGGACUCUUUGCUGCGGGAGUUUGGCUGGCCAGGAACUUGAGUGACAUUGACCUCAUGGCACCUCAGCCAGGGGUGUAGCCAAAUAGACAAAUGGAAUCCUGUGCUGAACCUGAACCUUCCAAAAAACAGCCUACAGUCUGUGACCAUCACAAGAUGUGCCCUGAUGGCAGCUGAAGUUUGAUUCAGAUGGGCACUUUCCUUCUCUUAUCCCUGCCUAGUUUCCUUUUGUUCCUUGAGUCCACGCAGAAUUCCAUUCUCUGGUCAGCAGACAAGUUUAAGCUAAAGUAUUGCCUCUGUUCUGUAAAGUUCUGUACAAAGUUCCUAAGCUUCUCCAGGGGGUGAUCUUUGUUCUUGUCCUGAUAAAUAACAAUGCUGUUUUAACAGACAUUUGAAAUAAAUACUGCACAUAAAG